AUGUGGUUAUCUUGUGCUGGUGUAUAUCGAGGGAAAGAUUAUUUCUGCAAGUCUGACCAGUACCCAAGGCACAUUAUGGCACUCUCUUUCAUGGAAACCAUGGCACGGCAUACUGUGAUUAAAUUCUUUGAACAAUAUAUAUCAACAGGCUGCGUAAUUUUAUUAGAGGAAGAAGGCACAGUUCUUACUUUCACAGGAAGCAUGGAAAAGUGUUCUCUCAAAGUAGUUCUGAAAGUGCACAAUCCCCAGUUUUACUGGAAGAUUAUGACAGAAGCUGAUUUAGGCCUUGCAGAUGCAUAUAUCCAUGGAGAUUUUUCGUUCGAAGAUAAAGAAGAAGGUCUUCUGAAUCUGUUCCUUAUAUUUAUUGCCAACAAGGAGUCUAACUCUUCCGCUUCAGGACUGAAUAAGAAAAGGGGCUGGUGGGCACCUGCACUGUUCACAGCUAGUAUAUCAUCUGCAAAGUAUUUCCUUAAGCAUGUCCUGAGACAAAAUACUCUUACACAGGCUCGUAGAAACAUUUCUCGUCAUUAUGACCUGAGUAAUGAACUUUUUGAGUUAUUCAUGGAUGAAACAAUGCAAUACUCCUCUGCGAUUUUUAAGGCGGAAAACGAAGACCUGAAGGUUGCACAGCUAAGAAAAAUCUCUUCUCUGAUCGAUAAAGCAAGAAUAGAGAAGGGGCAUGAAGUUAUUGAAUUCGGUAGUGGGUGGGGAUACUUUGCUAUUGAAGUUGUCAGAAGAACCGGAUGCAAAUACACUGGCGUCACUCUAUCAGAGGAACAACUGAAGUAUGCAGAAGCAAAAGUGAAGGAAGCCGGACUUCAGGACAACAUCAAGUUUCUUCUUUGUGACUAUCGUCAGUUACCAAAGACAUGCAAAUAUGACAGGAUCAUUUGUUGUGAGAUGACAGAACACGUUGGCAAUGAAUAUAUUGAGGAGUUUUUCAGAUGCUGUGAGUCAAUACUGGCAAAGGAUGGGCUUUUUGUCCUUCAGUUCAUAUCAAUGACGGAGGAGCAAUUCCCUGAGUAUCUACGAAGCCCAGGCUUCGUGAAAGAAUAUAUCUUCCCUGGUGGAUGCUUGCUUACCCUGACUAGGAUAUUAUCAGCCAUGGCCACGGGAUCCAGACUCAGUGUGGAGCAUGUGGAAAACAUAGGGCCUAAUUAUGUCCAAACACUUAGAUGUUGGAGAAAAAAUUUCCUGGAAAACAAGAGCAAAAUUCUGGCCUUGGGGUUCGAUGAAAAAUUCAUGAGGACAUGGGAAUAUUAUUUUGAUUAUUCUGCUGCUGGUUUUAAGUCCCGUACGAUAGGAGAUUACCAGGUUGUUUUCUCACGCCCUGGCAAUUUUGCUGCACUUGGCGAUCCUUAUCAAGGUUUCCCUUCAGCAUAUUCGUAUUGAUUCAACCAGGAUCAAGCUGCUGCUAAUUAAGUUUGUCUCCCCACCUUUAUUUAUGUGAACCGAUGAAGAAAAUAAUCUGCCUAUUCUUGGUAGACUAAUUAAUUUGAUGGAAUAUAUAUGAAGAAAAUAAUCAAAUCAUCAUGAUGGUUGUAACAUAUAUGGAUUCCUUUCAUUCCUUUUCUACAUAAAUGAAAUAAAUUUCAAAUGCAGGCAUCUGUCUAUAAUGUACAAGUAUAUUGAUGUUUUGAUUGAAUUGGAGAAAAAACACAA